UCGAGUCUGAUUGGUUACUUCUUAUAGAUUCAAUACAAUAAUAAUAUUGGCCAAUAUUAUCUCGCUCUGCGGAUAAAUUGCAUGACAUUUGUGUGUGAGCGAACAAAAGUAUAUAAUGCAAUACUUGAUAAUAGUAUACUUGAUAAUACGUAUACUUGCAUAGUUUUUAAAAAUUUUACAAUACAUGAUUGUUACGUUGUAUCUAAAAAUAUUAUCUUUGACAAGUAUCAAAAUAGUAUCAAGUAUUAAGAUGAUGAUUUUCUAAAUAAAUAUCAAAUUAAAAUAUUGAUUUUUUAUGGUAUUUAAUAAUACGUACUAUAAUGAGUACAGAAGAAAUUAUUGAUUUUACGAAACUAGAACCAGAUAUUCAAUCUUUGAUAAAGAAAACUAUAGCAGUUCGUGAGUACUCUUAUUCACCUUAUAGUAAGUUUAAAGUUGGAGCUGCAAUACUUUGUGAUGAUGGAUCCAUUUUCACAGGAUGUAACGUAGAAAAUGCAUCUUAUCCUGUAGGAACUUGUGCUGAAAGAACAGCAAUUGUUAAAGCAGUGUCAGAAGGAAAAAGAAAAUUCAAAGUUUUAACAGUAGUAGCUGAUAAAAAAAAUAAUAUUUUUACUACACCAUGUGGAUUUUGUAGACAAGCUAUUGCAGAAUUUGGUGAUAUACCAAUUUAUUUAACAGGACCUGAUAUGAAAAAUGUAUUAAAAACAACAUUAAGCAAUUUGUUACCUCAUGCUUUUGGAAUUGGAAAUGCAAAAUUAUUACAAUAAAUUUUUAAUGAAAGAAAUUAAAUCAUGUAUAUCAAUA